CUGGCGGGAGGGGGGGCGCGGAGGGGAAGCCCGCCCGCCGCCCGCCGGGAGCGGGACUCGCCGCUACGCCGUCCGGGUGUCCCCACGAGUCAGCGCCUGAGCCAGAGCGGGAGUCAGAGCGGGAGCCGAGCCGGGCGCGGUGGGCGCCGCCCGCCAUGGACCACAAGCCGCUGCUGCAGGACCGGCCGCUCCUACCGUACAACCUGGAGCCGCCAGGCGACUUCGCUGCCUUCCCGUCCACAGGGAUUCCCACCCACCACCCCAGGGUCUACAACAUCCACAGUCGAAAUGUCACCCGCUACCCUGCCAAUUCCAUCGUUGUCGUUGGCGGCUGCCCAGUCUGCAGAGUCGGGGUUCUGGAGGACUCCUUCACCUUCCUGGGCAUCUUAUUGGCCAUCGUCUUUUUCCCCUUUGGGUUCAUCUGCUGUUUUGCCUUGAGGAAGCGAAGAUGUCCCAACUGUGGAGCAAACUUUACCUAAAGGGAACAGCACACCGGGCUUUCCUUCAUCCAGCUGUCUUUUUCUAAUGUAUAUGUCGUGUACAGUAGCUUUAUUUGAUUAAGCUUCAGGACUGUUUUGUAAGGGAGGUGGGAUAGAUUGGGCAUGUGCGAGCUGGGUUCAGGGCACAGGUCACGGAGUGUGGACACGCGACAACACUGCUCCCAGGGUUAACGACAAUUCAGAAAAGCACUUUUAUUUUUUGCAGUCUUCAAUUUGAGAAGGUGAGAAAUUGUUUUAAAUAAAUGAGAUUCAUACCAUUGUU